CCAGUGCUGCCAGAGAUGGACGGGGCCUCUGAAUUUGCUGAGUACGUCUCAGAGACCGUGGAUGCUCCCUCGCCGUUUGAUCUCCUGGAGCCCCCAACCUCUGGGGGCUUCCUCAAGCUUUCCAAGCCCUGCUGCUACAUAUUCCCAGGAGGGAGGGGGGAUUCUGCUCUUUUUGCCGUCAAUGGCUUUAACAUCCUGGUGGAUGGCGGCUCAGAGAGGAAAUCCUGCUUCUGGAAGCUGGUGCGGCACCUGGAUAGGAUUGACUCAGUGCUCCUGACCCACAUUGGGGCCGACAACCUGCCAGGUAUUAACGGGCUCUUGCAAAGGAAGAUUGCAGAGCAAGAUGAAGAGCAAUCUCAAGGCUCCCUUCACUAUGGUGACUGGAUGAAGAACCUCAUCUCCCCUGAACUUGGGGUCGUUUUCUUCAAUGUUCCUGAGAAGCUCAAAAUGCCAGAGGCCUCCAUGAAAGUUAAAAGGAGCAUUGAAGAGGCUAGCCUCACACUGCAGUAUCUGAACAGGCUGGGCAUGAAGCCAGAGCCCCUCUACAGAGUUGUCAGUAACACCAUUGAGCCUAUCACACUGUUCCACAAAAUGGGGGUUGGAAAACUGGACAUGUACAUCUUGAACCCAGUCAAAGAGAGCAAAGAGAUGCAGUUUCUCAUGCAGAAAUGGGCUGGAAACAGCAAAGCCAAGACGGGUAUCAUUCUUGCCAAUGGGAAAGAAGGGGAGAUAUCUGUCCCUUAUUUGACAUCCAUCACAGCUUUGGUGGUUUGGCUCCCAGCAAGUCCAACUGAAAAAAUAGUAAGAGUUUUGUUUCCUGGAAACGCUCCACAAAAUAAGAUUCUGGAAGGUCUUGACAAGCUCCGGCACCUGGAUUUUCUCAAGCAUCCAAUAGCUACACAGAAGGACAUGGCUUCCAGUGUGCCAUCACCUGGCCUGAAGCAGACCAAGAUGAAGCAGAGAACAGACAGCCGAGAGAGCCUGAGGUCUUCCUCCAAGCCAUUUGUGGCAAAGGGAGCAGCUGAGGAGGGGGCGAAGGAAGUCAAGGCCGAAACAGGAAAAGAGACCAAGACGGAGAGAAAGGCAAAAGAACCCUCUGAAAAAAACCCAGAGAAGCCUGUUAAGCCUGAAAAGAUAAAGACAGACACAAAUGAUGCCCUGAAAGCUGAGAAAAGGAAAUUAGCUAAAGACAAAGUUGGCAAAAAGCACCUGAAGGAAAAAGCUUCUAAGCUGGAGGAGAAGAGGGACAAGGAAAAGAAGGAGAUUAAGAGAGAGAGGAAGGAGUUGAAGAAGGAGGAUGGAAGGAAAGAGGAAAGGAAAGAUUCAAAAAAAGAAGAAAGAAAGAAAGAAGCCAAGCCUGAACUGAAGAAAAUGUCUAAGCCGGACUUAAAGCCCUUCACACCUGAAGUCCGGAAGACCUUAUACAAGGCAAAAGCCCCAAACCGGAUAAAACCAGAGAAAGUCCGCAGCAAAGCUGAAAAGGAGCCUCCUGCUGGCCAGAGGACUUCCCUGGGGCAGAAGAGGUCGGUCCAGCCACAGGAGCCAGACAUUGCAGAGCCCAGGCUUGUUCUGUCUUCACCAGAGGACCUGACCAAGGACUUUGAGGAGCUGAAGCUUAAAGAGCAGGCAAGACCUCAGGCAAAGGUCGAGGCACUCUCCAAGCAGGAAGAAACACCCAGGCCUUGGGCCACAGCUGUUCAGGAAGAUGGCCGGAUAGCAGAAGAGCCCCGUAUUCCAGGGUCUAUUUCCCCAGCUGUUCCAGAGGAGGAAACAAUUUCCCCCAAAGUUUCAGGGGAGUUGCCAUCCCUUCAACUGGAGGGAAGAGGAGAAACAGCUGAAAGAUCUGAUAGUGAGGAAGCAGCCUUGGUGGAACCUCCUAAGAGAGAAUUUGAGGAGAAUGUUGGAAGGGCAGUACCAGAGCUACCUGGGGGGGGAAAUGGAGAGGAGAGAGAGCAAGGUUCAGCACCCUGUGACUGCCUAAGCACAAUGCACCAAGAUGAAGAAAAAGACACUCCUUCAGAAGGGAAAUGGGUGGUCACAAGUGAAGAAAGUCAGCCAGGAAGGAGAGAAGACAUCAUUGAAAAGGCAGAGCAAGAAGAGAUGGAAGAACAAGACAUAAAGGCUGAAGGUAAUGAGCUAAAGAGGAAUCAUCUCCCUCUCUUCCACCAGCCAGAGGAUGCGGCUUGGCCUUCUGAAGAAAAGGGGAAAGAGCUCAAGGAAGAAAAGGUGAACAGAAUAAAAGGACAUGGAAAGGCAGCAGUAAAAGAGGAAUCCUCAUUCACUCCAGUCCCAUCUGGAGAACAUAUCUCCUACAUCCAGGAUGAAACUAUCCCUGGCUACUCCGAAACUGAACAGACCAUUUCUGAUGAGGAGAUUCAUGAUGAACAGGAGGAAAGGAUUCCACAUCUCAGAUCAGACAUCGGCUCCUAUAACGUUUCUGUGCCAGGCCAGCCAAGCUUAUUUGAAGCAAUCCAUGGGAUCCCGGCUAUGACAGCUGCCGAAGGGGCCAAAGGCUAUACAGGUCAGGAACCUGAAAUCCUCAACUACCCCACCAACAUUGUGGCAGCCCCCUUGGCGGAAGAGGAGCAUGUAUCCUCAGCUACCUCUCUCACGGAGUGUGACAAGCUUUCCUCUUUUGCCACUUCGGUGGCAGAAGAUCAGUCUGUUGCAUCGAUAACAGCUCCACCGACAGAAGAGACUGGCAAAAGCUCCUUAUUGGUGGACACAGUCAACAGCAUACCUUCCUCUCGAACAGAGGCUACUCAAGGCCUGGACUAUGUACCCUCUGCUGGCACUAUCUCUCCCACAUCUUCACUAGAGGAGGACAAAGGUUUUAAGUCUCCACCUCCAGAAGAUUUCCAUGCAUUAACCGAAGGUGAAAGAAAAUUUGAGGCCUCUAGAAAGGGCUUGCAAGAGAAGGAGGAGGAAGAGGAAGAAGAAAAUCCAAAUAUCGAGAGGCCUCAGAAAGCCCAAGGUCAUUAUGACAGUCCAGUAUUUUCUCACAAAACAGUCCUUGGAGAGGGUUUAGCUGAGGUACCCACAGAAACAACACACGCAGCCAUAUUGCUGUUGACUGAAGGGGAGUCCCAGUUCCUUCCAGCUGAUUCUGGUGAGGCUGAAGAACGGUGCAUGAGCCCUGAUGACAGCACAGUCAAGAUGGCUUCCCCUACCCAGUCAGGCCCAACCAGUGCUGGGCACACACCUUUCCACCAAUCCCCUGUAGAGGAAAAGGCUGACACUGUGGAGGCAGAGCUGUUUGACAAGGGUCCCAUCAAGUGGGACGGAGGAGGGAGCCCCAACCCAGCCAGAGAGUCUGCAGGUGAGAGAGCUGCUACGGAUGAUGGAAAAGAAGCAGCUUCUGGUCUCCUUCAGGACAACCAUAGCCCAGGAAGCAUUAGCCUAGUGCAUGAGGAAUUUGUGUCUUCCCAGCGCGAAAACCAGAGUCUACCCUUGGAAAGAGAGGAGCUGGCAAUACACUUCUACCACAAACAGGAAACCCUUGACAUUUCUGAUCUGUAUCCUCCCACCAAAGACACACCUUCAGAGCCCAAAGAAGAUGCCAGUCUAGAUUAUGGAAAGUGCACUGGGAGAAAGGAGUUCUCUGUCGCAGAAAUACCUCCUCCAAAAGGGUGGGAGGAACUUGCAGACAGACCUGAAGAUGACCUGUCCAGACACACAUCUAUAGAAGAUGCUUCUUCAGGUAAAGUAAAAUUUCCCAAAGAAAGUUCUGGUGAGGCAAAAUCUGAUAUGUCUGCAGAAGACAGUAACAUGCUGCAUUUUGUAGAACAGAGUUCAGACCAAGAGAAACUACUGCCUGAUGCUAUCAAAUACAUUACUUUGUGCCCUGAGGAAGAAACCCCUUCACAUUUGUUCACAGAAGAGAUUUCUCAAAUAGAUACUAAAUCUAAAGAGACUCCAGCUGGGAGAAAAAUACCCCAGGUAUUUACUGAGGAAUUCUGUUCUGAAACAGCCAGACACCAAAUACACACGAAGAAUCCAGAUGAAGGUGAAUCAUCAGAAGACCCUUUUGUCACAGGGGAUGCUCUCCGUUCCCUCUCAUUUUCUGAACAGACUCAAAAUGCCCACACCACACUCACGUUCUCUGCAGACACUGGAUUAGUCUCCUUACCAGAAAAGGCCCCCCACAAAGAGCCAUCUCCAAUACCUUCCUCCAAAGAGACACCUGGCCGCAUUCUGGGUAUGGAGUCCUUGGAAGUCUGUUCUGAAGAGGCAGAAGAGAAACAAGGCAUUGAGGAGCUGUCUCCAGAAAUGGAAGACAUUUAUCUGAAAGAUGCCAGUUAUGAGAAGAAAGUGUGGUUUCCGGAGGAGGUGAAGGAAAUCCCAUGCAAAAAACCACAGAAGUAUGAUAAGGAAAGAGGAGAAUGCACACUCUUAGAUGAUGAAAGAGGAGAAUGCACAUUCUUAGAUGAUGAGGUAAAAGGCUUUGUAAAGAAAACUCUGCUUUCUGUAACCGAAGAAAGAAAUAUCCCUGACUCUGUGGAGUCUAAAGAUUACACUACAAGGUUGUCCGAAAAGGAAAUUUGGGGUACUGAAUAUAGGGACUUCCAGGAAAAAGCUGCCACUCAGAAACCUGGGACAUUUGUUCAGAAUGACCUCUCGCUUCAGGGUGACAAGCCUGUGGACCAACAGGUGAAAGAGAGCUUAUCUAUCCAAGCAGACACUCAGCAAAGAGUGCUGGAUGCGAAAGCAUUAAAAAUGUCUGCCUCCAUAAGCCCCCAGUCUCCUGAGCCUGAGAGCAGCCCAAAAUCCAGCUUGGACUGGACAGCACACGAGGGGAAGAGAGCCACUGUAAUGGAAGGGAAAGAAGAGCCCUCAUGCGCACACAAGCCAGGUGAGGAGAAAGGAGCCACUGAUUCUGUGGGUAAGGCUAUGUCUAUCUGCUCACUUCCUCUUAUAUCUGCAAAACUGGAAGAUGCACCUUCCUCAGCACUGGAAAAGCCUUCUGUGCUAGAUGACAGUGCAGUCAAACUCCCACUGGGAGCUGAAGAAGAGAGAACAGAGACUGAUGUGCUAUGCAAAGGGAUGUUGGAGCCAAAACAGGCACAGGACACAGGACAACAUGCCUCUCAGGACCAGUCCAGUAAAAGCCAACAGGAGACAAUGGUGAAUGCAGCUCCCUGGAGCCCGGGAGGACUAGAAGAUUCUGUGUUUAUAGCUGGAGAGUCACAGGAAACCAGACACUCCCUUCCAGGGGGCAAUCAUGGAAGAAGCAGAGACCUCACAGUCCCUUGGCAAGGCAUGACCUCUUUGGACCAAGUGGAGUGUCAUUCAUGGUCAUAUGUUCUGGACUCUUCCAGCCAGUUUGAAUUCUGUGAAUCAAAAGAUGAUGCAAGUGGGAAAGGGCAAAGGAGGGAAGAGCGAGAACCAACUCCUUAUCCCCAUGAGAAAACUUUCCAGUAUGCAGACAUCUUUGACAGAGCUGCAGUGCCUAGUGCUGGGAAGGAGGCCUCGUUCCAGGUCAGGAAAGCACAACAGGCUCAGAAAGGAUCUCUUUACCCCAUCUCCUCCAAGGAAGAGGAAUCCUGCCUCUACACCCCUACUGAGAAAGAACUGUCAUCUCCAGCUUCCCCCAAGGAUAAAGCAGAACCAUCCUUUGAAUAUACAGAUGUUCAUGAAAGAUCCUCAUCUCAGACAAAGCACAGCAGGCCAUGUGGCUUGACAGACAAAGACACAGAGCAUGAAAGGCACACUUCGUCCCUCCUGCCAGCAAAUCUGAGGAGCCCCACACCUGCCUCCUCUUCAGGAGACGAAAGCUCUGCUUGCACCACUGGGAUCACUGAGAGAUGUCAUCAAGGAGAAACAGCUGGUGACCUUAAUGCUGUGCAGCCUCCAGAUGCAAACAUCACCCUGGAGCAGAGACCACUUCCCCCAGAGCACCCUCAGCCCAAGGACAUCUACUAUGAGAAGGCCAGCAGAGGAGAAGAAAGUGUCAGUGACUCAGAGCUGGAAAAAGGUGCCAAGGAGGAAUCAGAGAAAGAAUCCAAACUUCCAGAACCACCUUCCACUGUGGAGGCAGCAAGUGAAAAGGAACCAUACGCAGACAUUUCAUGGAUGGAGAAGGUUCAUGCACCACAGCCAUGGCAAGAGGCUGGUCCUACAUUGCUGGCCUGUGGUGGGUUGGGAGAGGAAAACCAGGUGGAGCAAACAGUCUGGGGGGCAGAUCAAGCUCCCUAUGACAUCCUCACAAAUUCAAGCAGGCAGACAUGGAUGCCAAAUUUGAUUUCAGUGACCACAAAUGUGUCUGUGGAAGCCAACAAACAAUUCUCCAAGGAUGCUGUCUCCUCAACAAAACACUCAAGUGAUGCUGAACUGUGUUUGGAGAGCCACACCAAAGAAUUCUCCUUGGCAAGUUCUACUAAGGAGGAGAAGGAAUAUCCAAAGGCCCUUCUGAAUAAAGGACUGGACUGUUCUUCCUCAGGCUUUGAACUUUCAUCCCUAGAAAAGCAUGAGCCAUCCAUUCUGUUUAGACAUGAAGCACAUUUCUCAUCCCACCUAAGGGACACGUCUCAGACUUUAGACAUGUUUGAUCCUGUUUCCUUGGAAAAGGGAAUGGAAGAUGAAUACCUGGAGGUAUCAAAAAAGGUUGUCAGUGACAGCUCAUCCUUCACCAAAUUCUCAGAGUGUGAAGAAGGGAAGCUGUCCUCUAAGGUGCCUCAGGAGCACCCAUGCGUGGAAUCACCCUGUCCUUCUGAGGAAGCUUCCUCAAAGUCCUUCACCCCAGUGAUGCAAGCAGCUGUGGAGAGCUCCUGCCCCCAUUUGUUUCCCACCAAUUCAGAAGCAGCAGCUGCAGAGCCAGACACCCAGAGCAUGUGGGACACAUCCUCUCUGCCUCCAGGAGGUUCUGCAAUGGCACAUUCAUGUGGAAUGGAAGGUGCUGCUUCCACUAGCAUGGAUGACAAUAGCUCCCGCCUGGCUGGACAGCAGCCCAAGGCCAGCUGCACUCGGCAUCUGCCAAGACCUGAGGGACGGACGCCCGCCUUUCCCCUCCCUGGUGCCCUGGAAGCUGCUCCCCCCUGUCAGCAGCAGGUGGUUGCCACAGCCAAUGGCCCCACCGAGGUGAGCACCAGCCCACUCGCUUUCCAGGCCAUGUCAUGUCCUCCUGAUGAGAGACUGGAAAACACCGAGGAGGAGGAGUGCUGUGAUAGGCAGAGACGCCCCUCUUCCCUCCUGACCCCAGAGCCUCCCUUUCAGCCAUCCUGGUCAGGCACUCAGCAAGGCAGCAAGGCAGAGGGCCACGGCGACGCCUCCCACGAGCUGGAGCCGUGCUUAGCAGCCACCUCAGACUACGAACAGAAGUUCUCGAGUGAGUACAGACCGAGGAAGGAUGAACUGUCGCCAUCCUUCAUCAACCCCAGUCCUCAUGACUCCUCAGAAGACAGCGAGCUUUCCCAGGUUGAAGGGCAUUCUUCAGUGAAGGGGAGGCCACACCCCAGUCCUGGCGGACAUAGGCAGAGCACCACGGUGGAAGAGACUCCCCCCACCUCCGCCAGUGACUCUGGAACUUCCCAGUCCGAUUCAGACGUUCCUCCAGAAACAGAAGAGUGCCCGUCCAUCACAGCCGACGCUGCCAUGGACUCAGACGAAGAUGCUGAUUUCCUCCCAGUAGACAAGGCUGUGGGCAGCUCCCAUCACAGCAGCACAAGGACUAGUCACGACCCCCCACCUGCUUCCACGGUGGACCCCCACCCUCAUCCUCCACAUCCCGAUGUCUGCAUGAUGGACCCUGAGAUACUGCUAAGUGAACAAAACACGACCAGACCUGAUAAAAUAGCCAAGAAGGACCUGAAAGAGAAAAACAAAGGUGUGAGGAAGCCACUGAGUAAGCCCAAGCCCUCUUCCCCUUCUAGGAAGGCAGACAAAUGGUCCUCUGCUCCCACGAAGCAGCCUUCUGACAGGUCUCUGAAGCCAGCACUGGCAAAGAGAGAGAAACGGCUCAAGUCCCAUGACGAAGAGAAAGAGGAGGUCUCCCGAAGCAGCCAUGGCAAGAGUCUCACCAACGGUGUCAAAACAAGCCCCGUUUCCAGCAACCCUAAAAGCAGCUCUUUUGGGCCCUACGGAACACCUGUCUACGUGGACUUGGCGUACAUCCCCAACCACUGUAGUGGGAAGAACACAGACCAUGAGUUCUUCAAGAAAGUUCGAGCUUCCUACUAUGUUGUGAGUGGGAACGACCCCAACAAUGGGGAGCCCAGCCGAGCUGUUCUGGAUGCACUGCUGGAGGGAAAGUCCCAGUGGGGGGAGAACUUGCAGGUGACCCUCAUCCCAACGCAUGACACAGCAGUGACCCGCGAGUGGUACCAGCAGACGCACGAGAAGCAACAGGAACUCAGCAUCAUGGUCUUGGCCAGCAGCAGCACAGUGGUGAUGCAGGAUGAGUCCUUCCCUGCCUGCAAGAUUGAGUUCUGA